CGUGACAUCAGGAUCAGGUUCAAGAUGGCGGCCGCUGGGGGAGGUCGGCAAAGUAUUUCUCUCCUAUAUUUAUCGCUUUUUUCGUCCUCCCGCCGGCCAUUUUGUGCCCAGGUGCGGCAGGUGAGCUUAUUAAGGCGGCACCUACCUGUAGCGCACCUGUGGAGGCCUAAGGAGGCGUGGGGAGCCCUCAAAUAUGCCGGGCUCCACACCACCGCCAGUCUACCGGCUCCACCGAAGGACUACUACCAGGUCCUCGGGGUGCCAAAAAAUGCCUCGGAGAAGGAGAUCAAGAAGGCGUACUACCGACUGGCCAAGAAAUAUCACCCGGAUGUCAACCGGGAUGACCCAACCGCCCAGAGGAAGUUCACGGAGGUGUCUGAGGCCUAUGAGGUUCUGGGUGACGAGGAGAAGAGGCGGAUGUUCGACCAGACCGGCAGGACAUCCAGCAGUCCACCAUUCGGCAGCGGAAGCGGCGGUGGAGGUGGCAGCUGGCAGUAUCAGACGACCUUUGACCCGGAAGAAUUAUUUAGGAAGAUAUUUGGAGACUUCAGAGGAGGAGGAGGAGGAGGAGGAAGAGGAGGAGGAGGGAUGGAGGAAGACUUCGCGGAGAGUAUCUUUGGCUUUGGAGCGGCCCAGGAGGUCACACUGCGGCUGACCUUCACACAGGCAGCUCGGGGGGUCAACAAGGACGUGACCCUGAACACGGUCGAUACGUGUCCAAAGUGCCAAGGUUCCCGCUGCGAGCUCGGCACCAAGGCAGCUCCGUGCAGGCACUGUUCUGGGACUGGUAUGGAGACUAUCAGCACAGGUCCGUUCGUGAUGAGGCAGACUUGUCGAUACUGCCAUGGGACCAGAAUGCACAUCAAGUUCCCCUGCACGGAAUGUGAAGGGAAGGGGCAGAGUGUCCAGCGGAAGACCGUCACUGUGCCUGUCCCUGCCGGUGUGGAGGAUGGUCAGGUUCUUAGACUAUCCGUGGGCAGGAAAGAAGUUUUUGUCCGAGUGAUCGUCGAAAAAAGUCGCAAGUUCACCCGCUCUGGGGCCGACAUACUAUCCACAGCGACUAUCUCACUAUCCCAAGCUGUCCUGGGGGGUGCCACGCGCGUCCCGGGGCUCUACGAGGACUAUUUGACUAUCGAGAUUCCAGCGGGAACUUCCUCUGACACCAAAAUCAAACUCCCUGGGAAGGGAAUCAAGAGGCUAAAUUCCUAUGGUUAUGGGGACCAGUACGUGACCCUCCAGAUAGCAGUACCCAAGGCCCUCACACCCCAGCAGAAGACCCUCCUGCUGGCCUUGGCGGAGCUGGAGACUGACACCCCUGGGACUGUCUCAGGGCUCACCUACACCAAGAGCGGUAAAAAAUCAACAAAUUCUGAAAAAGUUUUGGAAAAAAUUCGAAAAGUUUUGAAAGAGGAGGAAGAAGAGGAGGAGAGGAAGGAAGAGGAGGAGGAGGAGGGAGGAGGAAGAAGAAGAAGACAGGAGGAAGAGGAGGAGGAAGAGGAACGGACGAAAGGAAGGCAGUAAAGAGGAAGAGGAAGAAGAAGAAGAAGAAGAAGAAGAAGAAGAAGAAGAAGAAGAAGAAGAAGAAGAAGAAGAGGAAGAAGAAGAAGAAGAAGAAGA